AUGCUUCAAAUUCCGUGUACCCGAGUUUGCACCUCUAGAGUAGCAGAGCACAUUCAUACUAGCUCAGAAAAACCAAACCAAUUUCACAUGGAUUUCUCCAUCUUUCACUCUGCAAAUUCCGAUUUCUCACCCGAUUCUUCCUUCGGAUCGCCGGAAUCUUUCUACAGCCAAUCCCUAAACCAAGUUCCUCUCCCUUUCAAUGAAAAUGACUCUGAGGAAAUGCUUCUCUAUGGGCUAAUCUCAGAGGCUACCCAAGAAACGUCAAAAAGAGAUUACUCUGACAGAAAUAUCAAGGAAGAAGAGGUUAGUUCUGUAAUCAAAGAGAAUCCCAAGAAGGAGAUGAAGUCUUACAGAGGUGUUAGGAGGCGUCCAUGGGGGAAAUUCGCGGCGGAGAUAAGGGAUUCAACCAGGCAUGGGAUAAGGGUAUGGUUAGGGACAUUUGAUAGUGCAGAGGCAGCUGCUCUGGCUUAUGACCAAGCUGCUUUUUCAAUGAGAGGAGCUGGAGCUAUACUCAAUUUCCCAGUUGAAAGAGUGAAGGAAUCACUCAAGGACAUGAAGUAUAGUCAAGAAGAUGGGUGUUCACCUGUAGUAGCACUUAAGAGGAAGCACUCCAUGAGAAGGAAAAUGAUGAGCAGAAGCAAGAGAGAAAGGGAUGUGAGGAUAAAGAAUGUGGUGGUUUUGGAAGACUUGGGUGCUGAUUACUUGGAGGAACUUCUCACUUCAUCUGAGAAUGCUCGACCUUGGUGAACCAUUAAUUAAUAUUUUGCUUAAUUAUCUUCAUCUAAUCUUUUUGUAAUUUUUUACCCCUUUCUUUCUUUUUCUCCUCUUUUCAGUGGUAGGAAUGAUUAUAUCUAGAAUAUGGUUGUGUAUGAUCUUGAUAUCUUUCUUUUUUCAUUUCAUCCUUUUAUUUCUCCUGUAAUCAAAGUUUAUAGGGAUUAAAGAGUGUAGCUACUAGCUAGCUAGCUGGCAAUUAUCUUGUGGGUCUCAACCACAUAUCAAACAUCAAUGAAAUGAUACGUCUACUAUA